UCCCCCACAGUCACACCGAGCUCUGGGAUUCUGAGGAACACCGUGCGCCAGCAUCUGAUUCACAGUCUCCUUUUACCUGCAGGUGUUCCAGAAACUUCAAAAUGCGUCUGGAAGAACUGAAAAGAUUGCAGAAUCCUUUAAAACAAGCAAAUGAUGGAAAAUAUUUACUUGAAAAUCACCAGCUGGCCAUGGAUGUGGAGAAUAAUAUUGAAAAAUAUCACCUUAAUCUACAGCCCUUGGAAUCAAAGGUUAAAAUCAUCCAGCGAGCAUGGCGCGAGUACCUCCAGCGGCAGGAUCCCCUGGAGAAGAGGAGCCCAUCCCCUCCCUCCCUGUCCUCCGACAAGCUGAGCAGCUCUGUCAGCAUGAAUACCUUCUCGGACAGCAGCACACCCGUGAGUGCGCAUUUCCUUUUCAUGCCCCAUGAAAGGAAAGUGACUCUGUUCCACCUUGACCAGCCUCUCAGACCCACUGGAUUCUUAUAUAUUCUUAGGGAGCCCCAGUUAGGAAGACUUGGUUUUACCACCCUCUGA